AGAACAAAAAUAAAUUUAAUGGAUUCUUUGACAAACUCAUGAGACAACCAGACAACGCAAGUGUCGCCUUCCUCUUCGCUGACGCGGCCUCUCUCCUUCCACAUUUCUCGCUUUCUCAGAGAAGAUGCACAAAUUAUGCACGAGAGAGACGACAAAGGUUGAACUGCUUCGGUUUGUUGUCAGCCAGAUGUUAGACAAUGAAUUUCUUUGGCCAUGACUAUGUGAGCGGCUUUCGGCGCAUCGAUCAGUUUGGUACUAGAUAUCAGCAGCCGCAUUCCCAGUAUCAUUAUCAAUACCAACAUCAUCGCAGUCAUCAGCAUCAUCGCCAUCAUCAUCAUGUUCAUCAUCAUCAUCAUCAUCACCAGUAUCAUUGGAGGGAACAGGAGACAACACAGGGCUAUCUCAAAGAGCCGUUCGUCUGGAAACAGCGUAAGGGCUCCAGAGUUAGCACAAUAAAUGACUGGCUACAAAUACAAAUCGGCGGCUCGGAGGAUGUCAAGAAGAAAAAACCAAAGAAUCAAAAUCGCAUCAAGUCCACAAAAUACACAUGGCUCACAUUUCUGCCGCAGAAUCUUUUGGAACAGUUUCGACGCAUUGCCAACUUUUACUUUCUCGUCAUGACGAUCAUAUCGUUGUUGAUCGACAGUCCUGUAUCGCCAAUGACCUCGUUGCUGCCUUUAGUCUUUGUGAUCGCUGUUACCGCCGCCAAACAGGGAUAUGAAGAUGUGCUUCGUUAUAGAACUGAUAAUGUGGUCAACCAAUCGCCGGUGACCAUCAUAAAGAAUGGCGUCGAGGCCAUUGUGCAAUCGCAGCAUGUGGCAGCCGGCGAUUUGGUUGUCGUCGAACGAGAUUGCGAUGUCCCCUGCGAUCUGGUGUUGUUGCGAUCAACAGAUCCGCAUGGCAAAUGCUUCAUUACCACCGCUAAUUUGGAUGGCGAGUCGAAUUUGAAGAUCCUCACCAUACCACGCGAUCUGCCGACGGUGCCCAUCGAGGAGAUGCAUAAGCUGGGCACCAUUGAGUGCGAAAGUCCCGGCACCGAUUUGUACAGUUUCAAUGGCAAAAUCGAGCUGGCCGGCGGUGAGGGACGCGUCCUGCCGCUGUCCUCCGAGAAUGUGCUGUUGCGUGGUUCGCGCGUCAAGAACACGGAGUGUGUGAUCGGCUGUGCCAUCUACACGGGCAUGACGACCAAACUGCAGCUGAACAGUCGCCUCACACGCAAUAAGACCGCCUCCAGCGAGACCUACGUCAACAGAUUCCUUAUAUUUAUACUUAUAGCAUUAAUCGCCAUUGUUACCUUGCUUUAUUUCCUAAAGCGUUAUAAUGAGCUCUUUGUGAUACCAAAGCUGACGUAUCUGGGUCCGCCUGACGAUGGCUAUAGCGUGAAGCAGUUCCUGCAGGAUUACCUCUCGUUUUUGAUACUGUUUAACUAUCUGAUACCUAUUUCGCUGUAUGUGACCAUCGAGUUGCAGCGUGUGAUUGGCAGCUCGUUUAUGGAAUGGGAUCACGAGCUGUAUGAGAAGGAGACGGAUCAACAGUGUGUGGUGAACACAUCGAAUCUGAACGAGGAACUGGGCCAGAUCAACAUACUCUUCUCGGACAAAACGGGCACCUUGACCAAGAACGAAAUGAACUUCCAGCAGUGCUCGAUUGCGGGCAACAAAUAUAUGUAUAAGAAGACGCGGCUGGAGGACAUGGAGACCAAAGCGCUGUCGGACAUUAACACAUUCACGCGGGACCAGAAGAACUUCUUUCAGGCUUUAGCCAUUUGUCACACUGUGCAGGUGGCAGAUACUAGCACACCAACAGCUGACGAGGUGCCACCGGAGAGUGGCAGUAGUAAACAGGACACGAUCAAAUCUGGUCCACCGGAAAUGUAUUCGAUAUCGGAUAUCACCGAGGAGAGUCAAAACUCUAGUCAGCAUAGCGAGCUCAACAAUGUAAGCAAUACGAUUGAGAGCUCUUUGUCGGCGCAUCCGAAUGGCGUGAAUGGUGCCACCGUCACCUCAUCGGAUGUGAAUCCUUUGCUCCUGGCCGACGACAGCUGGAGCAAAGUGGAGCGUCGCAAGCGGCCGCAGGUGGUCAAGCGUAGUCCCAACUUUGCGCGCUCCAAUAAGAUUCACAAUGCUGCAGCUGCCGGUGAGACGCAGCCAGGCAGCUUAUCGCCAACGAAUGGUUUGCCUGGUGCAGAUGCAGGUGCCGGUGCCGGUGGCCUGCCUAGUCCACCCAUUUUGCGUCCCAUUUCGUUGCAAUUCCAGCGGUCCACAUCGGAACGUGAUCUGCCGCAGUUUGGCGAGACGGCCGCUGCUGCUUUGGGUCAUCGACGCGUUCAUUCGUAUGGAGCGCCCAGCGCCUAUUUGUCCAAUCCGGUGGGCAACAUGACGCCACCCAUUGGCGGUCUAAUGCGUGUCGGCAGCAACACAUCGCGCGAGUCUUACGCGGCGCCCACUUUUACACGUCAGCCUACGAUGCUCAUUCGCGCCGAAUCGCAACGGCGCAAACAGGAGAUUCAGCAGACAAUAUGCCUAUUGGACUACCAGGCAUCCAGUCCAGAUGAGAAAUCCCUGGUGGAGGCGUGCGCCAACCUCGGCCUCGUCUACACAGGCGACGACGAUGAGGUGCUGCGCGUACGAAUUGUGCCACCGCACGUGGACUACAAGCGACCUCUGCAAAACGGCAAGCACCGAGAGGAUUCAUUCCAGCGGUUGCAUGUGCUCGAGUUCACCUCGGAUCGCAAGCGCAUGAGUGUGAUUGUGCGCGAUGAGGGCGGCAAGAAGUGGAUCUACACCAAGGGCGCCGAGAGUUAUGUUUUUCCGUUGUGCGCGAAUAGUUCGGCCGAUAUGGUGACCAAGACGGAUGCGCAUAUCAGUGACUUUGCACGCUUGGGUCUGCGCACUCUGGCCGUUGCCAGGCGAGAGAUUACUGAGGCGGAGCAUCAGGAGUUCAUCACCUCGCUGGCGCAGGCGAAUAGCUCGCUGGAGAACCGCAAGCAGCUGAGCGAGGAAUGCUAUUCAAAGAUUGAAAGUGAUCUCGACUUGCUGGGCGCCACAGCUGUGGAGGAUGCACUGCAGGACGAUGUGGCCGAUACGCUCGUCUCCCUGCAGGCGGCUGGAAUUAGGAUCUGGGUGCUAACAGGCGAUAAAGUGGAAACCGCACUUAACAUUGCUCUCUCCUGUGGCCACAUUCCGCCCGAUGCCAAGAAGUACAUCAUUCUGGAGUGCAAGAGCCGCGACGAUCUGCUCGUCCAUCUGAAUGUCCUCGAACGUGAGAUUGUCUUUGGCAUUGGACAGGAGUGUGCUCUCCUCAUCGAUGGCAAGAGUCUGAGCGUUGCGCUGACCGAGGCGCCCAAAGAGUUCCGUGACGUGGCUGUCAAGUGCACAGCGGUGCUUUGUUGUCGCCUCAGUCCUCUGCAGAAGAGCGAGGUUGUGGCCCUCAUCAAGUCGUCCAAUGAGAACUUCAACACCGCUGCCAUUGGCGAUGGCGCCAACGAUGUGUCCAUGAUCCAGGAGGCGCACAUUGGCAUCGGCAUUAUGGGACGAGAAGGCCGGCAGGCGGCUCGCUGUGCGGACUUUGCCUUUGCCAAGUUCUGUAUGCUGAAGCGGUUGCUGCUCGUCCACGGUCAUUAUCACAGCGUGCGUCUGUCGCUGCUGGUGCUCUACUUCUUCUACAAGAACAUUGUGUUCAUGGGCAUCAUGUUUCUGUUUCAAUUCCACACACUCUUCUCCUCAUCGUCCGUCUACGAUUCUUUGUUCCUGACCCUCUACAAUGUGAUCUACACAUCGCUGCCCAUUCUCUUCAUAUCGCUGACCGAGAAGCCCUACACCGAGGAAGUCCUUAUGCAAAAUCCGAAGCUGUACAAAAAGAACACCAAUAACAAGCAACUGCAUUGGCCCUAUUUCCUGAUGUGGACCUUAUUUGCGAUUUACCAUUCGGUUAUCAUCUUCUAUUUUGCCUUCUGCAUCUUCUCGUUCAACAAUGUCAUACUUAAUGGCGGCCAGACGGUCGCAUUCUCCUGCUUUGGCACCCUACUCAUGUGGGCAUUGGUGAUCAUUGUGAACCUGAAAUUGUGGCUGGAAUCGUUGUAUCUAUCGUUUUGGUAUAUUGCGACCUUGGUGCUCUCGAUACUUGCCUUUAUGGUUACGACUGUCAUCUACAACGUUAUCAAUCUGGACUUCGAUACGGAUAUAUAUUGGGCGUACAACAACCUACUGGCCUCCCUGCCCGUAUGGCUGUACAUUUUUGUGACGGUCAUCGCCAGUUUGCUGCCCGAUUUCACGCUGCGAAUGCUGAAGAAGGCUCUAAAGAUCAAAGGCUUCAGCAUUUUCCCCGGAAAACAACGCAAGCUACAGAUGCGCAAGAAGUUCGAGUCGACCUAUUUAUAAUACUUAGUUGUAGUUCAUCAUUUUUAUACGAUCUAUUUAUUUAUUUUUGCCCUACACUUAUGUACAUACACAACAUCUACUUUUUUUUUUGCUUUU